ACAGCUUCGGUGAGGUCGACGAUACGGCGGGGGCCGAGUUAUGGCGCGCCGGCGGUGACGUGCAGUGUUUUUUUCCUCCUGGCACCAACUGCCCUCAUGGCUCCAGCCCCAUCUCGGUCUAGACGGAGAAGCACGCGCCAACGAGGUCGGCGUCGCGCGUCGCGCAGAUGGACGGGGAGGCCCUCGACGGGGGCCCGUGGCUGUACCUCUGCGUAAACGUGGCGCCCAUGGGUUGGAAGCGGGGGCCCUCUACUUUGCGCGGCGGAUCCACGAGCGCACGCUGGACCUGGCGCCUGGACUGGGCCCCGAACGGCGAGUUGUGGAUGUUCGGCCGCCCGCCUCGCGUCCGGGAGGGGGCCGCCCACGUGGACAACGUGCUCGUCGAGGGGCUUGGCCAGGCUGAGGCGACGCGCCUGCGCCGGGUGGCGCGCCGAGCCCCGCAGGCCGCAGGGCGCGCCGCCCGCGGCGAUUCC